UGAACACCCUUUAGUCCUUUGCAGUCUGGUCAUUCGAUUUCUGCUUAUCAGCCCUUCAAACAACCAAGACGACCUGUGGCCGUUAACCAGUUUAGACAAUGGGAAGUGUGAGGUUUCCUGCAUAUUUUUUUGUCCUCUUGUACAGUACGUUUGGUCGGUUAUCUAAUGCGGUGAUACAUUUACACAUGUUUCCUGAAGUUGUGGAUUACAGCAGUUGCAGGGAUGAGAUGUUUCAGAUAGUAACGAAACCAGGAGGUCUUCUGCAACAAGAGCUGAACAACAGUAAAGAAUUUAAAAUGAUGUGGGAAGCUAAUGCAACAUGCAAAGAGAAGAUUCCAGGGGCCAAACAGGAGCACAUGGCUGCACUGAAGAGCUAUGCAGACGCUAGUCAUAGAUUUCAUAAAUUAUUCAACAUGGAGCUUUACAGCAAAGGCAAGAACAUCACAGAGUAUCAAAAUGAUUUUCAUUUUAAAUCUCUUUACUUCCUGCUGAUAGAUGCCAUGCAACAUUUAAGAAAAGACAUGUGUAAAACGAUUUAUUCUGGCGGAGAAAAUGAAGAGCUAAAAUAUGGGGAUUUGGUCAGAUUUGGGACUUUCUUGCCAGCAAAACUGAAGUAUAGUGAUGUAUUAGAAGAUUUAGAUGAUAUUGGGACUAUUUUGAACAUUACUUCAUGUUCUGUGUUCAACAUUGAUGACAAAUGUCAGUCAGAGGAAAUUGAUCUGCUGAUUUCCCCCAUGGAAUCUUUCGAGGUUAAUGAAAUCAGGAUUAUUAAAAAGCCAGAUGAAACAUUAACACAGAUCACCAUGGUGCCACAUGCUUUCAAGAACUCCUUCGACUGCAACUCGUUUUUCAAGUCAAGCUCCAAACCUGAGAGGUCCUCGUCCAAUUUGCUUAGUUCCAGUGUAACGAACCUGAUGGCUCCCAUUGUGAUGGUGUACUUUUACACACUGGAUCUGUAAUAUAAACAACUCGGUAUGGUCUCAAACCAUACAAAUCAAGGCAACAUACACUGUAAACAUUUUUUUUUUGAACAGGAAAAACAGAAAUAUACCGUAAAAUAUUUCUUUCUGUAAAAUGCUAGGAUAUAAGGAUAUAUACGGAAGCCGCUAGGUGUCGCCGCGCUGCAACGGAAGAAAACACAUGCAAACAUAAAAACACAUGCAAAUUCAAAAAGCCUCUUCAUUAGUUUGGUGACAUAUGUCUUGCAAAUACACAGAACACAAACAAACACAAAAACGCGCAGCAAAUCCUUGCAACUCAUCCGCGCAAAACAAACAAAUACAGAGACGCGCUGCAAAUUGGCAAAAACACAAAGGAAGUGUUUCCAGGGGGACUCAAAUAACUGAUGCACAAUGGUUGUAAUGGCUUAAUUUCACUGAGGCCAUAUUUGUAGGUGGAAUUAUCAACAAAGAACCUAUAUUGGAGUCCAAUUUUCUUUGUUGUCGAUCGUGUUAAAUAUACUUUAUGAUUAAUUCAACACUAUUAAACGUAGUGCAGCUCACAAUAUGUUUCAUGGUUUCUUUUAAUGGUUUAAAAUAAUUAAAUUGUUCAAAUCGGACGGCUACAAUAGAAAAAUGCAUAAAAACUGUGUUUAAACCCACGCGUGACAAAAUCAUUAAACAGAACGGACAAAACAGAAUGUUUAUUGACAGCCUGUUGUAGCCUAUAAAAAUGUUUUUUUUUUUGUAUAUUGUUGACAUACAACAAUAUGUAAUAUAUAUAACUCCACCUACGAAUAUGGCCACAGUGAAAUGAAGCGCCUUCCAGCCAUUGUGCAUCAGUUAUUUGAGUCACCCUUGCAGGACAUAUGUCACCAAACUAAUGAAGAGACUUUUUAAAUUUUAGGUUUUUUUUUCCGUUUGCCUUUGUUUUCUUCCGUUGCAGCGCGGCGACACCCAUCGGCUUCCGUAGAUAUAUAUUCAAUUGUUUUCCCCAUUCUUCAUGUAAAUGUAUUGUCUCUUUCUGUAAUUUUAUCGUUUUUGAGCAUAUUUCAAAUAUAAACUUUAAAAUAACGUU